AUGCCUUCUCCACUUCGGCGUUGCCUCGUCUUCCUCUUUCCCCUCCUUUCACUGGCCUAUGAGGACCCUCGUGCGAAUCUAUGUGAUGGUACCAUCACCUACGCCCCUAAUUCUACCUUCUCCUCCAAUCUAGACAGAGCUCUCCAGACUCUUCAGAACACUACUGCCUCCAACGGUUUCGCCACCACGAUCGCCGGCAGCAUUAGCCAGACAGUGACAGCCCUCGCCCUCUGUCGUGCUACCAUAACCCCAUCAGAUUGCCAGCUAUGCAUCGAUGCUGCCACAUCGGGCAUUCGAAAUGUAUGUCCCAAUGGAACAGCAGCUCAGGUGUGGUACACCCUCUGCAUGCUGCGGUACUCCAGCCAGAACUUUGUGAACAAAACUGACUACACCAUCGCCUUCAUCUUGGUUGAUACUCGCGAUGCUCCAGAUCCUGAUCAUUAUGAUGCGAAAACUAAGAUGUUGAUGCAGAAUCUGUCGUCCACUGCCGGCGUAUCUGAGAGGAGAUAUGCAGUGGGAAGAACAACAGCACCAGAAAACCGCACCCUCUAUGGCUAUGUUGAUUGCACUCGUGACGUCGAUGGAGAUAGCUGCAAGCGAUGCCUAUUGACAACAACAAGUGCCGUAGACUCUUGCUGUUUGGAUCGAUGGGCGGUUUGGAUUGCUACACCAACAUGUAAUAUCCAGUUCGAUAUGGAUCCUGUGCAUGAUGAUUGGGUCAAUGGCCCUUAUAUCAACACAGAUACGACUCCAUCUCCAGCACUGGCGCCGGCCCUAGCGGCAUAUAAUCAUGCUGGAAGUGGAAGUCGGGUAAUCAAAAUUGCUGUUGCUUUAACAGUUGGAACAGUUGGAAUAGUUGUUUUGGCAGUUGUGGUACUGUGUGUUGUCAAGUGGAGGAAAAGAGACGAAGUGGAGAGAGAAGGCUUUGAAGUUGCAGAAGAAGACAGCGAGGGAAUUGGCACGAGAUCUUUCCUGUAUGAUUUGGAAGUUUUGGUUGCUGCAACUGAUAAUUUUUGUUUGGCAAAUCGGCUGGGUGCUGGUGGGUUUGGGAGUGUCUAUAAGGUAAUUAAUGAUAUGAUCAUAUUGACUUUUUAG